GGGAGCCGCGCGCCCCAGCUCGGCGACCGGAGAAGACGGGGCGCCCUCCCCGACGCUGAGCUCCCCGAGUGCCUUAGGAAGAAGAUCCAUUGGGUCUCAGUUAUCAAAACUUGUGUUGGUGGUGUGUCCAGUACAGAACACAGCUGUUCGUAGAGCAGAAUGGUGAUGGUAGAUCUGAAGGAGGCUGAGUAUUUGAGCCCUCAGAUCAGGGCUCUGUGGGAGAGCAAAGGAUCUGUGAUGGGGAGGUCCAUACAAAGUAAGAAAUAUAGCCCACAGAUGGACAGCAUCAGUUCUGAGAGCUCUCGUCAGCACUUCCGGAACUUCCACUAUCAUGAAGCGAUUGGACCCCGAGAGGCUGUUGGCCAACUCCAGGAAUUAUGCCGUCGUUGGCUGAGACCAGAGAUUCACUCAAAAGAACAAAUCCUGGAACUGCUGGUGCUGGAGCAGUUUCUGACCGUUUUACCCAGGGACAUGCAGUCCCAUGUAAGGAAGCACCAUCUCCAGAGCGUCGAGGAGGCUGUGACUCUGGUGGAACACUUGCAGAGGGAAUCUGGCCAAACAAGCAAUGGGGUUGUGAUCCAUGAUCUGGGAAAGGAGGCAGUCUUGGGAGAAAGAACGGCACCUCCCGGCUUCAGGCUGAGGCCAACAGAAUCCCAACCAGGGGCCAUGUCCCAGGAUGAAGAAUUUUGGAGUACAUACCAGGGUCUACGAGAACAGCUGAGCAGAAAUACUGAUACAGAAACUGAGCCUGUAUGUGAGAGGGCCAUGCCUGCACAUCAGAAUCUAGCUUUUCCUGCGCAAAUCAAAGACUGGACAGUGGCACCUGAACUCAUCUUACCUGAGUCCCAGAGCUUGUUGACAUUUGAAGAAGUGGCCAUAUAUUUCUCCCAGGAAGAAUGGGAGUUGCUGGACCCCCCUCAGAAGGCCCUCUACAAUGAUGUAAUAAAGGAAAACUAUGAGACUAUCAUCUCUCUAGCAUUAUAUGUGCUCCCUAAACCUAAAGUGAUCUCCAGUCUAGAGAAAGGGGAAGAUGCGUGGGUUCAAGGAUUGAUGGAGAGCAAAGACAGUCUUGGAGAGUUGCCCGAAGGGUUAAAGCUCAAAAAUGACAUUGAAAGUCCGCAACCUCUAUGUCUUUCUGACUUAGAAAUACAAGCACCAGGAGAUAUAGUGUCAAAAAAGGACAGAGUAAAAGUUUCCCAGAAAACAAUGGACAAAGAAAAUCAUGAUGAUACGCACAGAGUGGGGAAAUGGCACGGAGAUAAGCCAGUGAAGAAAAGAAAGAAAUUUUCAACUUGGAAACAAGAGCUGCUAAAACUUAUGAAUCUUCACAAGAAGCACCGUGCAGGAGAGAAACCUUUUAAAUGCCAGGAAUGUGGAAAAAGCUUCAGAGUUAGCUCUGACCUUAUUAAGCACCAAAGGAUUCACACUGAAGAAAAACCUUUUAAGUGUCAGCAGUGUGAUAAGGGGUUUAGAUGGAGUUCAGAUCUCAAUAAGCACUUAACAACACAUCAAGGAAUAAAACCAUAUAAAUGCUCAUGGUGUGGGAAAAGCUUCAGUCAAAAUACAAAUCUACACACACACCAAAGAACUCACACUGGAGAGAAGCCCUUUACAUGUCAUGAAUGUGGAAAAAAGUUCAGUCAGAACUCCCACCUUAUUAAGCACCGGAGAACCCACACAGGUGAGCAGCCUUAUAGCUGUAGCAUAUGCAGGAGAAACUUCAGUAGGCGGUCAAGCCUUCUAAGACACCAGAAACUCCACCAAUGACAGAAGAGUCCAGUGUCCUCAGUCUGAAGAAAUUUACCCAGUGGAGCAUGACCCUAAAGUUAUGAAAAGAUUCAAAAUUAUGAAACAUGAAGAAUAUUUCAUCAGUGGAAAUUUAGGUAUAUAAGCAUUGAUUUUCACAGAAAGAAACCAAGAAGGUUGAUUCUGCAGGUGAUAGGUUCAUUAGCAGCUAUACUACUUAUUGUUUUUACUUUAGCCUUCAGGGACUUCCUUAGCAGAAGUGUUCUGAGAAUACUCUGGGUAAGGGAAAAAUCUGACAGAACAGCAAAUCCCCCUUCAAGUAGCAGAUGCAGCCAUGAAUCCACUGAUACUUUUCUGUGAUUACAGAGGUAAACAUUGUUGGUCUGGCAUUUGUCUUGCUGGUCACUCUUAAAAUAUACAGAAAUGUUUGUGGUAUGGGCUUCCAAAACAAAAAGCAAUAACUUGCGCGUUUACUUGCAUAUCAUUGUCUUCAAGGUAGCAGACUUAACCAAGUUCAGUAUCUCAUGAAAUUCUAAUUUAGAUUUUCCCAAGAACAAAGUUGGAUUUUUUUCCUUCCUCUUGUCAUUAGACUCUGUUCACAAAGUUGGACAUUGUUUGAGUUCCUUGAACUUUUUAGCAAUUUCAGCUCUUGAAUCCUAUUAGGAUGAUUGUUUUACAGUGAUGAAAUCAUAUUUGCUAGGAAAUCUGCCGGAUGAACUAAAUGCACUAUUCUUAUGCCGCUCUUUGGUGGUGUUUGCAAUGUAAAGGAAAACAUCUCUAAUGAGAUCAUACGGAAAACGGGUUGGAAUUUUUAGCCAUGGACUACAUAGUAAGGCAUAAAGAAUUUCUUUGCAGUAAAAGAAUCUAACUUGUUUCUUUACCUCACAGCGUCAGUGGGAUAAGCAGCCAUAAGAAUUAGCGUUUUCUCAAGGCCUAAAAGAAAGGUGAUGGGAGUUCAGUAUCAACUCAGGUUUGAUUUUAAAUUUGGCUUUUGUUGGGAAUAAGGAUGGAGCUGUUUGCACUGGAAUGUGUGCUCCAGGCAAAAUCCUGUCCUUCGCUGAACGUGAUGACUAGUCAACAGGAAACGGGGGUCCUGGAAAGAGAAGUUUGGGAACUGAUGCUGAGUAGUUGGCAUGGACGGGCAAGUCCAUUUCUCUGUUGUUUGUCUUACACUGUUAAAGGGACAGGAUCUACUCUCUGUCCUCUCCAGCACAGCAUUUAAUGGCAACCUUAGCAAUACAUUGGAUAGACUGCUGAAGAUGUCUGUUUGCUACAGGUUUUUCUUUUAAUUUACCUUUCUUAGAGCUUUGACUCAGGUGUUUUCUGUUAGUGCUUUUAAGCAUUAUCAGGGAAAGGAUUCAAGAAAUGAUCCCUUCCAGAUCUCUUAUUAAUGUAGUUAGGACUCAGAGAUGCAAUCAUGUAUCCAAGACUCUGUAACUAGAGGGUCUGUUAGCUGUCACGCACAUCAGGUGGGCCAGAAGGCAGGAUUCGGACGAAUUUGCAUGUUAUCCCUAUAUAACCAGCCUGGAUGACGACGUGUAUAUUUUUAGCUUAUAAAGCAUUCCUGUUUCUUGAUUAGUUUCACUGAGAUGCUCUUAGGUCUCCAUUUUCUUAGAGGUCACACAACUCAGGGUUGUUCUGGAAGUUAGAUGGGGUGAUGGAAGAAGGUACCUCAGCACAGCCUGGCCAGUAGUAGGCGCUCCAUUAGCAUGUGUUUCCCUUUCUCGUGCCCAGUGGCAUGUCGGACUAACCGAUUCCAUUAAAAAAGCAGAUACUUUCGUAGCUAGUGCAGCUCCUUUUAGGAGCCGAGUGCUAGUGGUGGCAUUAGGCUAAGUUGUUCCUUGGCAUGAGCGCCAUCUGAACUUUUGGUCCGUGGUGCUCUCAACAUGGAUUUUAUUUUAUUCCCCAAGAUAAACUACAAAUAUUUCUGAAGCUUAGCCAGAGCUGAAGCUCUGGUCUGCAUAGCUGUUAUGCAACAUCAUCAGCCUGAGCUGCCUGGAACUUUGUCUUCUCCCCACGUGUUUGUGGAUUUUUUGCUGGCACUACACUCAUUAAGUUAUAUUUGAUGAGGGGCUGUUGUGUGCCCAGGCACUGUCCUAGACUGAGGUGCAACAGUGAAUGAGAGACAAAGAUGCAUACCCUCAAGGGUCUUGUAUUCUAGUGAACAAUAAAAAGGAUGGUUACAAUUCCCUGCCCCUGCAGUGAAGGUCUAAGAUGGUUUCGAGCAGUGGCUAAUCGGCAGAGGCCUUGCUUCUGUACUUGUGUUUGCUGGUACAAAACUCUAAUCAUCUCUUCUUCAGCCGUGUAAACUCAGGAGCAAUGAGAUGAAAGCGCCUGGAAUGUUGACCCUCUAUACCCAGAGGGCAGCUGUGUAGAGAGUUCCCCUGACUUACAAUGGACCUUGCAGGAAGAGAAAUAAAUUUUUGUGUUAAACAAGUGUUGUUGGUGCUUUGUGUUUCUGCAGCAUAGCCUGUCCUGUCCUAGUAGAGACCACUGUUCUACUAGAGCUGUUUUCACCUGACUUUUUUUUCUUUAUGGACAUUUAUUGUGCAACUAAUUGUUGAAAACCUUAAGAUGAACUGGAUGCAGCAACAGCUGCCCUCUUGGGUUUAAGUGAUAAUUCCUUUGGGGAAUCCAUGCCUGAAUCUCAUAUGCAAUUUUAGGUGCCUCAUUUGACCAGUCCCACUGGCAUUUUGUCUUUCAGCUUGGCACUAAAAUUAUGCUUUCUCU